CCUCUCUUCCCCACUCAAGCCCCCUGUGUGGCUGAGCAAGUUGGAGUGCGCGCCUGCCUCGCUGGCGUCCGAGAUGUAACAAAACCGGAGCGAAUUCGUAACGCGACGCACACGCGCUCAGCGAAGCAGCAGCCGCAUCCUCCGCACGCGACGCGGACUCACGCACGGAUCUAUAAAUAAGGCGGCACGGCGAAACGACCAACGCAACAAAGAGUGCCAACAGAAAACAAAGGGGGGGGAGGUGGGAGGAACAAGAAGCCACGAGUUUGUACGGAAACAACAGAAACACCCCGCGGACAACAAAACGUGGACGGACGGCGUGCGUGGAAGAGAGGAGAGGAAGAGAGAGAGAGAGAGCCGGGACUAAGAUAUCAACUUGAAGAUUCGCACAGAUCCCGGUGGCAUAAACACCAGGUUUACACCACACGCACAGCUCGAAUUUGCUGUUUGUUGAGCCACAGGGCUGAUCGAGGGGAACGAGGCGGAUUUGGUGGUGGUGGUGGGGGGUUUCGCCGAAGCGAAACGUGCCAUGGAAGAAGCGAAAGCUGCUGAAACCGCAGCAGCAGCGGCGACAACGUGACGUGGUGCGCAUGUGUGCAGCUUGCAUGCCGUCGGGCACCUAAAGCGGGGGUGGCCGGGUGGUUGGUUGGUCCGUUUGGAGGAUCGUCGGAGGCUCACUUGUUGGAGCGUUGGUUGGGACCGACUGGGUUGUCGAGUCAAACGACGCUGUUCAGGAAGAUCGCUCGCCGGAGUUGGGGUUGGAGUGCGGGGGGUGGUGCAGGAGGAUCACUUGUUGGCGCGUUGGUUGGGACCGACUGGGUUGUCGAGUCAAACGACGCUGUUCAGGAAGAUCGCUCGCCGGAGUUGGGGUUGGAGUGCGGGGGGUGGUGCAGGAGGAUCACUUGUUGGAAGCGCCGCGGCUCGGAACGUUGCUUUGAGGCUCGCUUGUUAGAUAGUUUUGUCGUGCUGGGAACGCGUUUUGUUGGACGCCGAGUUUGUUGGAGCCACGUUCGACAAAUGACAAAUUCGCGAGGUUCGUUUGAACUAAGUUGGCAAUUCGGUUGUGUUGGCAAGCCAGUCGAUAGAUGAUCAAUUUGAAGGUCUGCUUGGCACGUUCGCUUUGAGCCUGAAUGUUUGAUCGUUCGCCGACGCUCACUUAUUGGAACCGAGUUGGUCGUAAGCUCGGCUUGUAACGUGAUGUUGCUCAUUUGUUGGAACCUUUGACCCGACGCUGACUUAUUGUUACAAAGUUAUAAGGCUCGGCUUGGAACGCUACGAUGCAACGUUAUUGGAGAGUUCGCUGAUUGGAACUGCUCAAAGAGGAGGAAGCAAACCCAAUAUUCAGACAACGGAUCAUCAUUGAGUUCUGAGUGUCUCGGAAGGCACGGGGAGAUGAAAGUGAUCGUGUACUUCAAGGGUACCAGUGUGCUGGUGCCAUGUGGGGAUGGCCACAUCCUGGUCAAAGAUCUCAUCCGACAGGCCGUGACCAGGUACAAGAAGGCUUUCAACAAGGACGCGAGCCACCCCGUGCUGGUGCAGUACCUGCAGCACGCCGACGGCGGGAUCCUCGACUCCGACGACCGCCUCUGCGACAUCUGCGAUGACAAGGACAAGCUGAUCGCGGUGUACGAGGAGCCGGGGAUGGGAGCGUCUGAUGAGAGCCCGGCACCCCAGAGGCGGAGCUUCGCGGAGGCCACGUCCCCACUGACCCCCCCAUCCGACGCGUGGGCAGCGUCUGCCUUCCACCCGUACCGACCCGACCUGGGCCAGGGCAGCGUGACGCCGAGCAACCUGCCCAGUGGAGCAGCCGCGAGAAUUCAUCACAGCGUGGACCCCCACCGGCCUCCGGGGGAGCCUCCUACGCGUUGCGCCCCCCUCUUCGACGGGAGGGCAACCCCUCCGCCCCCCGGCGCCGCCCCCGGGAUGGGCCCCGUGGGCCAGGAUCGCGGGACUCCCAGCUGCGACGCUCGGGAAUAUGAAGAGAAUGGGAACAAUAUUGUCAAGUCAUCUCUGCGGAAGAACGAUUUGGUGGACUGGUCUUCUUGUCUAAGUGACUUUUGCAAAGUGAUUCGCGUUCCGAGCGAAGGAGGACCUCUGGGCAUUCACAUCGUUCACUUUGGGACCAAAUUACGGAGGAGCUUGGGGCUGCUCGUGAGGGGGGUGGAUGAGCAGGGGAGAGCGGCCCACCACUGCUGGUUUGAAAAGGGCGACUGCAUUGUCACCAUCAAUGGGAACAACCUCCUUGACAAGACGUUCGACCAGUCACAGCAGAUCUUCAUGCAGGCGAUGCGGGUCGGGGUGAUGGUCAUUCACGUGGUGCCUGCACAGCAAUUGGAGAGCUACCAAAGAGCCCUGGAGUUGAUUGACCCAGAGACGGACACCCCGAACGGCGGCCUUGGAUCCAUGAGCCCAACAUCUCGCUUCUCUCCCAUGGAUUCUCGCUUUGACUUUGGAGUGUCGGGCGGUGGAGGUGGGGCCAAAGCGGGGGCCACCGAGACGUGGGGAGGGGGCGAGCCUCCCGGGUCCCCCAAGGGCCACGCGUCGCCCGGCGGCAUCGUGUCCGGCCUGCGCAAGCUGUCGACGCCCACCGGCCUCGGCUGCCUCUCGCGCAAGCUCAGCAAAAAAGCCUCCAUCCGGCUCAAGAAGGGGCCUGAAGGGCUAGGCUUCACCAUCGCCACAAAGGAAGGCCCGAUCGGCGAGCACAACCCCCUCUACGUGAAGAGCGUCCUCCCCCGAGGAGCCGCCGUGGCGGACGGGCGGAUGAAGCCGGGCGAUCAGCUGCUGGAGGUUAACGGGCAGGAGGUUGCAGGAAAGAGUCAGGAGGAGGUGGUUUCCUUGCUGAGGGCCACGCGACUCGGUGGCGCCGUGACCCUGUCCUUGCGACGGCAAGAGGACGCUUUCCUGCCGCGGCCCAUCCAGAAGGCGGGCGGCGACGGCGACGAGGUGGAGGGCCCCGCGGCGGGCACGGGGUCGGCCGCCGCACCUCCCCCCGAAACGCCGAGGAGAAUGUUCACCUACGAGAUCCCCCUCAACGACUCGGGCUCCGCAGGGCUUGGCAUCAGCGUGAAGGGCUCGCGGGAGGACGACACCGACCUCGGCAUCUUCGUCAAGUCCAUCAUCUUCGGCGGAGCCGCCUCCAAGGACGGGCGGCUGCGCGUGAACGAUCAGCUGGUGGCGGUGAACGGCCAGUCGCUGUUGGGCCGCACAAACUCCGAGGCCAUGGAGGUCCUGCGGCGCUCCAUGUCCACCGACGGGAACGUGCGGGGAAUGAUCCAGAUCGUGGUGGCUCGCCGUGCCGUCCGCUUCAGCCAGCCGAUCGUCCCUCAGGGCUCCUCCAAGGCAGUUGCACCUGGACACGUGGAUCAGACUCACUCGGACUACAACUCCCUCCUUUAUCACACGAUCGGAGCCCACCAAUCGGGGCUGAAGAAUGGCAUUCUCGGAGGGUGGGGGACGUUACCCAGGGACCGAGAAUUAGCGGACAGCCCGCCACCCCCUCUCCCGCCACGGCGAACGCCGCUCCUCAACCACAGCUCCUGGACGGACGGCGGAUCGGGGCCACGGGGCACGCAGUGGCCUCCUGCCGUCACGAGCGUGGGCUGGUGCCACGAUUCUGAGGAUGAGCCUGGGUGGUCGAGCGUCCAGGGGCACGGGAGAGGCCUCGGGGACGACGGCCCCGCUGACGGCAUCAGGCACAGGAAGUCGCGCAGCAUGGACAUCAUCGCCGACGAAAACGACCGCGGCCGCUCGUCGCAGCAGAGGGCAGGCUGGAACACGAGGAGUGUAGGCCCUUCGCUCGGCCUGGUCAUGUCCAGCUCGCUCGAGAGCCUUCAGGCCGCGGUGGCCGCGGCGUCGGGAGCCAACGAUGGCGGCGGCGGCGAGCGCCAUCACGACGGCGACUUCUACUACGACGACGACGACGACGAUGACGACUACGACGGAGUCGACGGUGGUGACGACAUGGGCGGCCACGGCGUCUUCUCGCCGGGACGCCCACGAUCCGGCCUUGGCCGCGGGCGAGCUUGCAACGCCAGCUUCCGGGCCGCCAUCGACAAGUCGUACGAGGAGGGCGGCGGCGGCGGCGGCGGCGGCGGUGGUGCGGGGACGGGCGCCAGCGACGCAGAGUCGUGGGUCACCGAGUCGCGCAGCGCCGGCUCCAGCCGGCACGGGCGCGGGGAGGGAGAGGUCAGCGACCCCGACACGUUGGAGGAGGAGACGGUGGACAGCCCUCGCUGGCGCCCGCCGAAGGCCCUCACCAACCGCCUCCAGUCGCUCUCGCAACCGGGAUCCCCCCGGGGACGGCACAACGGCCGCGGCACGGCAGGAAAGGAGAAGAAGAGCAAGCCGGAGAAGGAGAGGGAGCGCGGCAAGGACAGGGACAAGGAGAAGAAAGAGGGCAUUAUGAAGGGACUGGGAGUUAUGUUCAGGUUUGGGAAGAGCAAAAAAGAAGAGAAAGCGGUGAAGGUGGAGAGGAAGGGAUCGAGGAGAGAUGACAGCAUCCUCACCGACGAGGAGAUCAACAUAAUGAGGAGGGAGCAGGAGAGGAUCCAGGCGAAGCAUCGCGAGCUGCGCGAGCAGCAGGCGCGCGACCGCGAGCUCAAGCUGCAGCGCGAGCGCGACAGCCUCGGCGCGGCAAGCCGCCGCGGCCCCGAGUCCCGCCACCGUCCGUCUUCCCCACCCGAGUCCCGCGGCAAUGCCGCCACCGCCUCCAUCGCAUCCGAGCCGCUGCCAUCCCUUCCCGCCGGCGGCGGCGCCGCGGCACUGCUGGAGGUGGAGGACGACGACCUGGACCCCGCGUACGCCAGAGUGUCGCACUUCCUGGUGGCGGAGGACCGCGGGGCGACGGCGGCUGAACGCGCCGCCUCCUCGGCCCCGGCUGCCACCGCCGCCCCGGUCGCCGCUACCCAGAAUGCCCUGGGUGUCGUGGCGGACGCGGACAUCGACGCGCUGUACGCGAAGGUGGACAAGACGCGGAGGUUGUCGGCGCCGCGAUCUGCCGGCGGUAGCGGCGGCUCUCGUCCCCCCUCGAGCAGCGAGGAGCGCGUCGCUCAGCUGCGGCACGAGUUCCAGAAGCUGCGCGCCGACGAGGCACGGACGACGGACGUCGGCUCGGCCGACGGGAUGACCGGACCGGUUCCGGGGCCCACGGAGCACUGGAGCGGCCGCCACUCGGUGUCCGUCGAGAUGCAGCAGCAGCAGCGCAGGCGGCAGGAGGAGCGCGAGGGGCUGCUCUCGCCCACGCGGCGGCGGUACAACUCCAUGCCGCGGCUCGCGAAGAAGUCUCCUCCGCGGAGCCAAUCGGGGCCUCCCGGCAGCGCGGGUUGGGCCUCCCGGGGCGCGGACGACGCGUCGGCGUGGAACGGCCACACUGGGCGGCCGGCCCACCCCAGCUCGUGCCACAGCCUGGAGGAGGAGGAGGGGGGGGCGGCGGUGUUCGAGUUCCCUUGCCCCGGGCGGCGGGCGCACAGCCCCCUGCGCAGGGACGUGCCGCCCACGUUUGGCGGCGGCGGCGUCGGCACGCCGACCGACGCGCCGGACUACGCGGCCGAGAUGCAGAGACUCGCGGGCCCGGCCGCCGCCCGUCCGAACCGCGUCUGAAGCCACGGGGCGCGCUUCGUGCGUUGCAUUGUGGCGCGAGCUAGCCGGGUGCGCUGCGGACAAACGUGAAGCGACGGACGCUGGCGGUCGUGGGAGAUGCGUAAACAAGCACGCGGAUUACACUGGAGUAGGAGUGGCAGGCGACAGCGUGGCCUCUUAUAGUUGGAUGCUAUUUUAUUUAAAUUCUCCCCCCACGUUUUCUAGUGGCAAGACGGCUAAUGUGUUUUAUAUAUAUUGUGCAUUUGCAGGGCCAUUUUUAUGUAUUCUGUAAAACACUGCAUUUCGUGGUGUUAAACUGUGGAUUGUAAUUGGUAAUGGUGUAGAGCAAGUGGGACAUGUUCUCAAGGUGUUCUGUGCCCCUGAGCCACUUGUUGAGAAACGAAGGACUGUGAAGGCCUCACGCAGGAACGUUUUAGCCAAUCGCAACUGUGUUUUUGUGAUCAUAUGGGUUCGAUCAACCAAUCAUUGAUUGCUUUAAUAAAAAAGUAACGUGUCUAGUUUUUCUGAGCCUUUCCAACAUUUAAUAAUUCAGCAAUAAUAAUAAAAAAAUAUUUUCUCAUGCUCACGAUACAUGCAUCGAAUUGUGCAUGUGAAAACCGACUGCUGGAUUUUGAACUAGAUUUGGAGGUGCUGCGGUGGAGUAAUGGUUUGUACAUCAGACUUGCAUGAGUGGACAUCUGUGAAACAGAGCUUUAUAGCUCUUCGGAUUCCUCUAGUAUAAAUACACAUUCUGAUUCUGCAUUGCAGAGGUCACCAGUUCAGUUUGCAAGUUUUAUAAUAAUUAAAAAAACGUCCCUCUCGUUGUACGGGUACACCGCCGUCGACCGGGAUUGUUCCUUGUGGUGGGGUACGCUUUGGGAAGUCCAACCUCUUCCAAGCCAUCUGCCCUGCAUUAGAAGAGUAGGCCAAAGGAUCCUCGAGAGAGAGAGCUCCAAAAGGAGGCCAUUCCACCAGCAUUUUAGGGCUGCUCCUUUACCUUAAAUUCAUACGAAUAAAGUGAGCAACACUCUGCAGUCUGAAAACAAUCAGAACAAAAUUGGAAGCUGUGCCGAUAAGACGGCAAAAACGAAGAUCGAACAAAAACUACUAAUAUUUUCCGAAAUGAAUUCGUGGAGACCCCUGAAUUCAUGGAACCGCCGGUGGUGGGAUGAUUUGUUACGUGCGUCUAAGUGCUUGUCAACACUUUCGAUACAUUUCGGAGAACCCGUGUCAUCGUGAAUUUUGAUGCGUGCGCGGUUGGCCACGUCACCAUCCCAAGGCAUCGUUUGUGUGGCCCGUGGUAGUUCUCCUGUCUUAGUCUCCCACCGGUGGCGUCUUAUAAAAGCACCUUAAAGACUUCUAAAUUCAAAUUCCAUGGUCCACUACCUGUCCCCAUUCCUUAUUCGUUCCGAAGGUAGGAAAUGUAAUCUCCCUUAACGGGUGAUCACGUACGUUCCGGUAAUGUUUUAAAUUUAAACGUCUGUAAAACACAGAUGUUAAAGUGUAACAGAUGCCUCGUGUUCUCAAUAAAUUAAUAACGCUUGAUCUCGAAGUAUGUUAACUUCACAAUGACGGUCCAUUGGGAUCAAUCCGAAUGGAUGUUUCUGGCACGGCUUAAAUUUUCAGAGGCAUGCGGUUUUUAUCAUUUGACUACCCUAAACUGAAUUUAUGAUAAUUCAGUAUUCGAGUGGAUAGCUGCUCAUGCGUGCAAAUAUAUCAUGGGUGGUGUAAACAUUCAACAUGCCCAGUAAUUCACUUGAAAUGUUGCAGUCAAGAGUCUGCAUUUGAUUCAAUAUGUUUUUAAAUCCUUUAUAUUAAGUUCACUUGCUUGCUUGCGCGCUUACGACCGUGCAAAUCUUUCAGUCGUUUUUUAACCCACUUCCCGUGAUCCAAUCGAGCUGACAUUUUGCACAGACUCGUUGUGCGUGACAAUUAAUGUUCGUGAAAAAAAAUUCCAAAAUUUUACACUGUUUAGGGAAAACUAAUUAAAUAUUUAAUUACCAAUUGCUUAAUACUGGCAAACAAUCAUCUGACCCAUAGGUGGCAGCCAACUCAAGCCAGAGGACGAGAGGACUCUAGCCGCCACGCAUAUAAAGGAUUUACAGUGAAAAACUUUGUUUUUACGGGUUAAUUUUUUUGUUACAUUGCCGUGAAUAGUAGCGGCCUCGAGUGGCUGCAGAGGGUGAUGUGACUAAUCGAAAUCAUUAGUUGAAGGAUCUGUCCAUGCAUCGAUUCAUCGUCCCACUCGUUCUGUCCAGGACAGGUAAUGACUUUUCAACCUCUCAAAGGAAAACCACAAUGCCGAUUUAACCUUAGCACACAGUCUCUGGAAUUUUAAUUUAUCACAAACUGCCCUUGUUCUCCCGAAAUUUAAAUCCUCCAUCUAUGAAAGCACACGUGCGUUAAACUCCGAUUUCAGCAACUGUGGACGGGCACCUGUGGAUUAGAAACAGACUUCGUGGCAGCGUAUACUUUGAAGUCUCUGCAUAUUUUUAGAUUGCGUGUCUGUCGCUUAAAACCCCUGGCCCCUUUUUUUUUUACCUAAGAUGGUGUAAACACAACCAGCUUUACGUUUUUUUUUAUCUCUUUAAAGAAAAUGGGAAGAGAAAAAGUGGAACUGCAACAGUUUAAAAGGAAUGUUGUCUUGCCGGGCCAAUGAUAAGCGUUUAAUGUUGUGUUCCGUGUAACCCGUUGCGCAUUUCGGGUUUGACGAGGAUGUGAACACGUCGGACGAGUGGAAAUUUCCUAGGGAGAAAGCGGUUCUCCUCUGGAGUGGAUGCGGUGAAUUGCUCCGACUGGAAAAGCCAUAGGGUGAGAGUUAUGCUAUCCGAGACUGGAUUUCCCAUUACAUGUUUCCAUACCCUGCUCUGUUUACCACCACUCUGUAACGUUUCCCUUAACCCACAAAUCUCCAAAAAGGGCAUCAUAUUACGUUGUGUGUGUGUGUAUACAUGACCAAUUUCUCUCUCACACCGUACGUAGCCAACACCGUGCUAAUCGUCAACAUGUCCAAUAGUUUCGCCUUCUCAAUGUGGCCCGCACCUCAAGGACGCUGCCCGCAUGUCAUUUAAUCACCGCCGAGCGGUGAUGCAGUCCAACAGGCAGGGGAGAGGGCAGCGCAGCGCACUGUCGUGAGGCCUGAACUUGAACUCAACAGGGGCAGCUGACAGCACAGAUGCCUGUGGGGGUGGGGGGGCAGCCUAGAGGGGUAGCAGCCACAGGAGGAUGAGCAAAUCAUCGCACUGAUCGAAGGGCGAGUUGGGGUCGCGACUUUUGAUCGAGAUCUUUGGUAGCGGCGACGACUUCUGCAGCGGUUGGAGUCGAUUCGUUGAAACUGGAACGUUAUUAACAAGUAUUUGGGUAAAUCUUGACUUAAAGCUUUCGUGACUGCAGGAAAUCUUAUUCUUUUGGGUCUUUCGGUAAAGUCACGUAGAUUCGUUCAAAGAAAAUAACAAAAAAAUAACAAAAAACUACGACGUUUCAUCAUCAUUCGUGGCGCGUUCCUGAUGCCGACCGCUUGUGUUGCGAUCGAAACGUCGCAGUUUUUUGUUAUUUUAUUUGAACCUAUCUACGUGACUUUACCGGAAGACCCAAAGAAUACGUAUUCGGGUACUUGUAGGGCUUCGUAAACCGUUCUUUGGUUGGUGGGCAAAGAAUGUCAAGCAACGCAACGGCGAGCCUGAAAAUGUUGCGUGUAGUCGUGCGCAUCUUGCAAACGUUCUACAAAUUUGUAGUAAGCUGGAUGCCACUGUCAAAACUUGGGCUCGAGGAGCGAACGAGAGACGGGGAGAGAAAAAAAAUCGAGAAACAAUAUACAAACGAUGUGGCCACAAUUUUUUUGCCGAACGAAUCCCAACAACAACAAAAAUUUGCGUGUCACGAAAACACCGCGUCGAUUUCUUUCAGCUCCUGCUCUCGGUCAAAUCCACAGUUUGCUUCUGUCGAACUUAAAUACUUGGGACGUGGGUUUACCAGCCGGCCCGUGAGGUGAAAGACAAAUGCGUAUUCGAUUACGACACGGGGGAGGGAGGGCUUCUGCGCGGCUGGUCUCUUCUCGUCUCGUUCUCUGCUCCCCCCUCUUAACAUUCGUGGCGCGUUCGUGAGCGUGGCGGCACAUUUGUCCGUUCGUCCACAGCGUCUCUCAGCAAAAGGUGUGAUGCACCGUAAAAAAAGAAACAACACGGAACGAAUUUGCACGUUCCCCUACUUCGUAAAUGCCAAUCGGUGGAGCGGACUCUCUCCCGAAGAGUUGACUACGUACGGCGUGGAAGAAGUUCCAACAUUACAAACGCAAUCAAAUUCCUUGAGUUUCACAAUUUGUGUGUUUCGUACAUUGUAGGAAAGUUGAUGAUAACGAGUGAUGGGAUUCAUCUUCU